GAUGGACGCUACCUUGUUAGUUAGGGUCUCCUCCGCGCUGCUCACGGAGUUUUGGCCUGAGGCCAACGCAGAUCACCGCCGCCUUUGACCGACCUUGUCCAGAUACCUCAUCUAGGUGAACAGACUACCUAUCCCUCAACCAUAUUGACCUAUCUCAUUGACCACUUUCGUGACCUGCCUGAUAUUUAUAAUUUACCUUUUCACAUCAGGGAAACGAGUCGACCCAGUUUCUCGAUCUUAACCCGUUUUCAUUUUCUCCCUCACACAACGCCGCCAUGUCGAACACAACACAGACACAGGAUAAGCCCGAAACCUCCGAACAGCCAACACAGCAGAAGCCCACCGUACUAGAGGAAGACGAUGAGUUCGAAGACUUCCCAGUCGAAGACUGGCCACAAGAGGAAACCGAACAAGCAAACGGAAAUAACGUCCAUCUGUGGGAGGAGAGCUGGGACGAUGAUGAUGCGGCGGAAGAUUUCUCAAAGCAGUUGAAAGAGGAACUCAAGAAGGUGGAAGCAUCCCAUUAGUAUCCAUUAGCGCGUUACGGAAUUGCGAGAGUGAUACCGGUUGAACCGACAUGAUCCUGGGGCGAACCUUACCGGACGUAAGGCUGCAUGCGGUACGGACGAGAAUUGAUGAUGGGAGCUUCGCGUACUGGUCAGGCUCAAGUAUACCUAUGCUUGUCCUUCCUCGAAAGCUGGUCCACUAUGCGGUUGGAGUUAUAUCGGCUUGAGAUUUAUAGCAAUGCAGGCCCGCAGUGAAAUGGGCGACCGAUGUAUCAAUUCUCUACAUGAUUCCUAUUUAUUUACAAUUAAUGAAUGAGAUGGAACUGUCGUCCGACUGU